AUGGCGGGAACCUCAACGGUUUCUCCAGGUCUUUCGUUUUCAGUUGUAAGUUUGUUAUUUAAAUCCAAGAGAAAACCAGAAAAGCUGUACGUUCUACACAGCGCCAAAACAUUCCGUGUCGAAUACCUUGCAAAGUUACUGUUCAUCGUCUUCUACCUCCAGCCGGUUGUGAGUUUGAGUGUUUUUGCUGGGUCUCGGCUGACAUCCCGGUCGUCCUCUUUCGCCGCCGUUCCGUGCGGCUCGCCGGAAUGUCCGAUGGAUUGCACGGGAUCAAACUGCCCGUUCACUGUCCCAUUCGGGAACACUACCGUCGCCAAUUGCACGUUGGUCAGGGACACCCUCGCGCUGUCCCCGUCGGCGACGUUCGCCGGUUUCACUUUCGGGUGCGUGGAGUUCGGCGCCGCCGCCAAGACGUUCGACGCUGCCAUCGGGCUGAUCGACCUCAGCCGGAGCAGCCACUUGCUGGCAUCCAGAGUGAUCUCUUCGCCCCCGGCCGCGAACGGCACCACAACGGCCGCCUUCUCCUACUGCCUCCCGUCGUCGACGAGCUCCCGUGACUUCCUCUCUGUACGCGCCGUUGUCGAGCAACCCCAACCACCCAAACUCCUACUUCGUCGCCGACUCGCCGUCGUCGGGAUCAGCGUCGCCGGCACGCAGCUCCCCGUUCCGCCCACCGUGUUCACCGCCGCCAGCACGAUGCUGGAGGUGGCGACGGAGUUCACAUUCCUCGCCCCGGCAGCCUACGCCGCGCUGCGCGACGAGUUCAGGAAGGCCAUGGCGCAGUACGCGGCGGCGCCGCCGUUCCAGGUGCUCGACACGUGCAGACGUGCUACAACUUCACCGGGCUCGACCGCUUCGCCGUGCCGGCCGUCGCGCUCGAGUUCGGCGGAGGGAUGAAGCUGGGACUCGCCGUGGACCAGACGAUGUACUUCACGGAGCCGUUCUCCGUCGGGUGCCUCGCGUUCGCCGCCGCGCCGCUCCCGGCGUUCCCGGUUUCGGUCAUCGGAACCUUGGCGCAGCGGUCGACGGAGGUGGUGCACGACGUGCGAGGCGGCAGGGUGGGGUUCAUCCCCGGGAGCUGCUGAUGCAUGGAUUCGUACGUAGCUGUGAAAGGGUCAUUUCGCCGAACACUUUCACGUUAUGGCUUUUUUUAUCGUCAUUAAAAAAUAUUGUACGUAUAAAUUUUGUUACCUAUCUUAAGCUACCACACUCUUUACACUAAAAAUUAAGGUUUUUUUUAUCGACUUUUACUCUUAUCCUUUCUUUUGUACCGCGACAAACUAAUUUUAUCAUUCAGGCUAUUCACUCCA